AUGAGUGAGAGAAGAGGAAUUCUAAUGAAGGACAAGAACAGUAUAGACAAAUAUGGCGAACAAGUUUCGACCAGUUUACACUGUACACUUUGGCUCAGACCCACUGUUAUUGUUGUUGGAUACCAAACUGUAAAAGAGGUAUUGAUUGACCUUGGAGAUAUUUUCCUGGGUAGAGGAACUAUUCCUGUAUUCGAACAUGUUUAUAACAAGAGUGGGUUGACACUAAUCAAUGGAGAGGCCUGGAAGCAGCUGAGACAGUUCUCCUUCCUGACCCUUAAGGGUUUUGGCAUGGGUAAAAAGAGCAUAGAAGAACCCCUCCAGGAAGAAGCACAACAACUUGUGGAGUACUUCAGAAGCUCUAACAGUAAAUCAUACAGAUCCCAAGCAGAGACAUCACGGAUGAAAACCUGAUCCUGUAACUCUUGUCCUCAUACUGGGGUGAUGGUUCAUCUUUCAGCAGGACAGUGACCCUAAACACACAGCCAAGAUAUCAAAGGAGUGGCUUCAGGACGACUCUGUGAAUUUCCAUGAGUGGCCCAGCUAAAGCACAGACUUGAAACUGAAUGAACAUCUCUGAAGAGAUCUGUAAAUAGCUAUGCAACGAUGCUUCCCAUCCAACCUGAUGAAGUUUGAGAGGUGCUACAAAGAGGAAUGGGCGAAACUGCCCAAAGAUAAGUGUGCCAAGCUUGUGGCAUCAUAUUCAAUAAUCACAGCUAGACCUGAUUACUAUGGGCACAAUAUGUGCGAUAACGGGGAUCACUUCAGAAAGGAUAUUGGGCAUGAUGUAUCAUUUAAAUACCGCCAUUGUGUCUCAGUCUGAAUUCUUACAUCCUCUGAGUACUAGCUCUUCAAUCUGCUCUUAGCGGCUCAAGCCUGUAGAAUCUCCAUAGCCUAAAACAUGUCAGAUGUAGCUAGAUUACUAUUCUUUAACAGAGCCAUGAUGACAUGUAUAACAGUCAUCCACACAGUGGUAAACUUCCUCUGUACAGUUCUGAAUAAGAUUUGGUUACACCAGAGGAUUCAAUCUGCAGAAGUGUU